GGGUAAGGAGGAGGAAGUUCACAUGCGGAGGAGUAACUGACGCUAAGGUUCCCCGCGACACCCCCUUCCUCCUAAAACUUUCACUUCAAAUGAAAGAAGUGUUUUGCGUUCCUUUUUACCCACACUUUAAUAGUAACUCCACGAUACAAAUAAAUUAACCAGAAAGGGGAUAUCGUCCAUAAUCACAUCAUGUAAAGAUGUGGCGUGGCAAUAAAAUAUUAAAAAUAAUAAUAGCAAUCCAGCACUUUUGUGUUGCACUGUUUAAAGGAUAAAUACAAUCCGAGGUCGAAAAUAAAGUGUGACAUUUGACAUAGUAUGCUGCAAAUUCUAUACACCAAACAUAAGCUCGAAAAAAAAAAGCAUGUUAAUUUACAGGCUAUAAAUUGAGUCCGGAACUUUCGUGGGAAAUAAGCAUAAAUGUGACGGUUACUCAUUUGCAUCAGACCUGCCUCGGCGCGUUAUCUCCUCCUCCUGACAACAAAGAAACUUGGAGUCAGGACGCCUUUAUUCCUAAAUGAAAAGCAGAAACAAAUGUGAUGCAGAGAGAACAGAAGAACUAAUGCGCAUCUGCCGCUGUCUCGCCAACAGACUGCGAAGCAGAGCGCAGUAGAACACGAAUCUCCCCUCGCUGUGGCACGGACACCCUGCAGUCUGUCACCGCCAGACAGGCGCAUGUGGGCACCUUUGAGGCGCGCUGGGUAUUUGUGUACACUAGGAUGUUGAUGUAAGGGGGGAAGAGGGCGGUAAAAGUGUGCCGGGCCGGGCCAGUGUCGGGCGCAGCUGCUCUCGCUCUCAGCUAAGCGCCUCACACGUGCAGAGAGGACUAUAGUGCGUAUCGGACACGAUUGGAGACCCUCCGCGCACUUGUUGCCAGCUUUGGUGAUGCCAUGCCCAGGAACCACAGCGGAGACGAAGGCGGAGGUGGGGGCAGCGGGCUCUGGAUGAGAGCAUCACCCAGGCAUCAUAACGAGGGCUACGGCAUAAAAGAUGUGGAGUCCGGACGAAAGAUGAUGAUGAACAACGCGGGAGAGGGGUUGCUGUCCCCUUCUGCCAGCACCACAGCCAGCGGCGGCACCAACGCCGCUGGUGGUCGCGGCUCGGACAGCCUGGCAGGGAAGCAGGGAGCUCGACUCAGCCUCCUGGGAAAGCCGCUGGUGUACAGCGCCCAGAGCGGCCGAAGAAACGUGCGCUACCGGCGGCUUCAAAACUACCUAUACAACGUCCUGGAGAGACCCAGAACCUGGGCGUUCAUCUACCACGCUUUCGUGUUCAUCUUGGUAUUCACCUGCCUGGUCCUUUCUGUGUUCUCAACCAUCCCGGCUCAUCAGGACAUCUCCUCCAACUGCCUACUCAUUCUGGAGUUUGUGAUGAUCGUUGUGUUUGGUUUGGAGUAUAUCAUACGCAUCUGGUCGGCAGGAUGCUGCUGCCGCUACAGAGGAUGGCAGGGCCGUCUGCGCUUUGCCAGGAAGCCCUUCUGUGUCAUAGACAUCAUAGUGCUGAUCGCGUCAGUGGCAGUGGUGUCGUCGGCAGGCAGCCAAACCAACAUGUUUGCCACCUCAGUCCUGCGGAGUUUGCGCUUCCUGCAGAUUCUUCGGAUGGUUCGGAUGGACCGAAGAGGUGGGACCUGGAAGCUGCUGGGAUCUGUGGUGUACGCUCAUAGUAAGGAGCUAGUAACUGCCUGGUACAUCGGCUUCCUGGUUUUGAUCUUCUCUUCGUUCCUCGUCUACCUUGUGGAGAACAAGUUCAACAAAGAGUUUGCCACCUAUGCUGAUGCGUUGUGGUGGGGCACGAUCACCCUAACAACCAUCGGCUAUGGAGACAAGACACCAAAGACAUGGACAGGACGGAUGCUGUCCGCAGGGUUCGCACUCCUGGGUAUUUCCUUCUUUGCCUUGCCUGCUGGUAUUCUGGGCUCAGGCUUUGCCCUGAAGGUUCAGGAGCAGCACAGACAAAAGCACUUUGAGAAGAGGAGGAACCCUGCAGCCUACCUCAUCCAGUGUGUUUGGCGUAGUUAUGCAGCUGAUGAGAACUCGGUUUCCGUUGCUACCUGGAAGCCUCACUUGAAGGCGUUGCAUACCUGCAGCCCUACAAAGAAGGAUCAGGGCGAGUCAACCACCAGUAAAAUUCAUAGUAAUAAGCAGAAGCUACUGAGGAGUUAUACCACUCGGAAACAUAGCCAAAAGUUAAGCUUCAAAGAGCGUGUGAGGAUGGCAAGCCCCCGCGGUCAGAGCAUCAAGAACCGCCAGACAUCCUCUGUAAAUGACCGGCGUUCUCCAGUGGCUGACAGUGGCACAGAGGGCACCAGUCCUGCCAAGGUUCAAAAGAGCUGGAGCUUCAACGACCGCACGCGCUUCCGACCUUCGCUCCGGCUCAAGAGCCAGUCUCGCUCCACCACUGAUGCAGCAGACUCCGCUGUUACAGGGGACGAUGCCUUUGAUGAUAAGGGCUGCCACUGUGAGAUCUCUGUGGAAGACUUGCUGCCCUCCGUCAAGACCGUCAUCCGAGCUGUCAGGAUCAUGAAGUUUCAUGUAGCGAAGAAGAAGUUUAAGGAGACUCUGCGACCAUAUGAUGUCAAAGAUGUGAUUGAACAGUACUCUGCCGGUCACUUGGACAUGCUGUGCCGCAUUAAGAGUCUGCAGACCAGGGUGGACCAAAUCCUCGGGAAGGGUCAGGUCCCUCUGGAUAAGAAGAUACGAGAGAAGUUGCUGUCUGAUGGAGAUAUGUUGGAGGACAUGAGCAUGCUGGGUCGUGUCUGUAAGGUGGAGAGACAGGUUCAGUCAAUUGAGUCAAAGUUGGACUCUCUGUUGGACAUUUAUCGUCAGGUUUUGCGUAAAGGCUCCUCUUCGGCUCUCACUCUCUCUUCGCUACCCCUGUUUGAGCUGGAGCAGACCUCUGACUACAACUCUUCAGUCUUUAGUAAGGACCUCUCCAGCUCCACUCAGGUCAGCUGCGGUGGAGCGCUUCCCCCGAGCGGCUACGCCACACGCUCAUCAACCAACUCCCAGCUCUCCCAGGGAGGGCUUCACCUCAUUCUAGCACCUCAGAACGAACUCAACCUUAAUCUCCAUGCCUCAUCGUCCACACCUCCCUCGGGUCUCGCAUCUUCCCCUUUUAGCCCCUCGCCACUGCCUCAUUAUCAUCCUCAUCUACAACAUCAUAAGCAGGGUCAGGCCACAUCACCUGAAAGUGGCACUGACGAGGCUGUGGGGAGCUCCCCUACUGUCCUCACCCCGAACAGUACUAGCAGUUCUGGGGGCCGAGGAGUAGGAGAUGAAGGCUUUCCUCUUUUGGCAAGGCUUCCGCCGCCCCCUUCCAGACAAACUGUUAGCCCAGGCAAACUGAUCCAACCAACCUCUAGAGAGACUUCUCCUGAAAUUAAGAGCUUCUGCAGAGGUCUACAUAGCCACACAGAAGACAGUAAUGUUGGGAAGGUCCUUGGACUUGAGCUUGGAUUGAGCACAUUAGGGCAGCAGUUACAAGGGAACACUAAUGGUACUGGCAGGCUUAACGCAAAAGAAGAAGGCUCCUGGAGGAGGCAUAUGAGUCUCGAGCUGGAGCCACUUAUGCCACCAGCACCAGGUUGUUGCUCGAGGCCCAUCCAUAUGGACCAGGGAAUGGGCAAAUCCAUGUCAGUGCAGGACCUGGUUCAGGUAGGUGCUGUUCAUGACGCACACCAAAGCCACAGUCUUUCAUCUCCAAGCCCAAGUACAAGCAGUGACUCUCCAACAGGCUUCAACAGUUGUUGCCAAGACCUUGCCGUAGAGAGUGGUGGUACAAGAAGAGGAUGUUGGGGUGAGGAGGACCUCUUUAUCAGUGACAGGGACAUGGAGGGGCAAGGGUUUGACUUUUUGUCACAGGGGACAUCUGAGGCUCACUCAUUUUCUUCUGAGCACCUGAGGACAGCAGAUAGAGCGGGGGUAGGGACCCAGGACUCUAAUCGGAGCCUGGCUGGUGGUCCAUCAUCGUCAGCCUCCACUGGCAACGUCGAACUGCUGAACAUGCCACAUGUACGGCUAAAAUAGACCCACUAAACAUUUGGAACAAACACAAAUCUCACCUCAGACAGUUUUUAUCUUUUUUUGGAGGCGAGAUUGAUGGGUGGGUGGGAAUUUUACAUGGGGUCUUGUCUUCUUUUGUUUAUUUUUAUCUUGGUUCUCUUGAUAAGAUUCCGUUUUUUUCGUACAGGCUAAUCAUGUUGGCAUGAGUUACUCUGUGUUUAAUGUGUGUUUGAUGGAUCUGAGAUAAAAGAUGAAUGCCAAAAAACGGAGAAAACGAUUUUUGAAUUAAAUUAAGUAAUGGAUGGGUCGAUGUGCUAUGUAGCAUGAACUGCAUGUUUUCAGUAAAGCACAGAUAAGAAACUACACCUACAAGCAUGGCCACCCACCACCUUAAUAGUUUAUUGGGAAUUAAAAAGCUUGUUGUCGUCUAUGACAGCUGAGAAACGUGGGCAUUUUGUUUUUAUAAAUUCAUAUCCACUUUAGGAAGCCAGAUCUCUGCAAGUAAUUGAUGUAACCUAUGUUCAUUUGGAAUACAGAAAAUACAUAUUUCACAAAAUCCACACAUUUUAGGCCUCUUUUUGCAUAAUGUUCAUUGAACAAUCCAGUUAAUAAGUGUGCACAAAUAUGAUAAAAUGCUAGCUUUUUGUGAUGAUAAAGAUCAUAAAAAAGACCAUAAAAAAUCCUUUCUGAAAAUUUCAACAGUGCAGCUGAAAAAAAUCAACAUUUCUGCUUUUGAGUGAAAGACAUUUCCUGGUGCAAAUUUGUACACACCCUCUAAACUUUAACAAUGUAAAAAGUCCCUUCGAUUCAGUUUCACUUUGGAAAAACAGGCUAUGGUCAAAAAACUAAAAAUGAUUGUCCAAAAUCUUCACGUGUCUGCAGGAAAACCUAAGAUAUAGAGGGAUGUCAUUUUUCAGCAUCACAAUCAAACUACUUUACAUCCAAAUCAACAAAUGAAUGGCUAUUCUUGAAAGAAACCUUUUGGAAUAGCAUAGCAGAAGUCCUGAACUCAAACAGAAUAUUUGUAGGAUCAUCUGAAGAGGGUUGUAGACAAGAAAUGUUCUCACAGCCUGACAUUUCACAUUUGAAGACUUUUUCAACUAAGAGCAGGCCUGCGUUAUUGUUUUCUCAAGUAUGGCAUGGAUCAAAAUCAACUAAGUAUUUUUUAUAUUUCUCCUCUGACAUAUUUAUUUUUCAGUGGAAUUAGUUGGGAUAUAAGUGAAAAUACAUUUUGACUCAUUUUUGAAAAGAUUCUUCAUGGUCUAAUGUUUUUACAUCACAAAGUACCCUGCAAAAUAAUGAGUGGGACUAUACCUUUGUAUGUGUUCACUGCAAUUUGUAAUGAGCAACUACUUCAGUAUCUCCAGAGCAAAACUGAAUAGUAGUAAGCAGACCUUCUUACAUCAAAAUGUAAGACCUGAUUUUUUAUUAGGCAUUGAUUAGCUGUUUUUUCUAAAAACCCGUCAUGAAUUAAUUCUCUGUCAGAUUAUUUCAUGCAAAACAUAGGAUCAGAACUACACAGCCAAUCUCCGUAACAGAAGAACACACAAUCUAACUUCAUGCUAUACUGCCACAAUAAUUGUUAACGUCUGUCAAUGUCUAAGCUCCAUCCUUCAAACAUGCUUUUUCAAAUGAGUGGGGGCAUCUAGGACACUUGAAGUAAUUAUGCCUUGUCCAUUUUACUUCAUCUCUGUGCAGCUCCUCAUGAUGUCAUUAUUUCCUAAAGCUGCUGUGAAAAUAUUCUGAAAGUAUGAUUUUAGGCAUCAAAUGCAUCCGUAUUUAAUUAAAAAAACAUCUUUCAGAUAACAGUUUCACUUUUUUUGUUUUGUUUUGUAGAACUGCAACCUUUGUUAAAACUACACCUAUGUGGACAGGGAAAAGGAGCAGCUGCUUUUAUGACCAGAUAAAUGUUACACAGUAAGGAUGGUUGAGCAAUGGAGUGAAACAUUUGUUGAAUGUCAUUUUCUGGCUCACAACUUCUGUUAGAAAAUAUAUGACCUUUUUAUUUCAGACACAAAUACCCUUUUUUGCCAUCUGCUUUAAACUAACUCUUGAUGGAGAUUAUUUUUGGCUUCUUGAACUGGACUUGAGAUCCGAAUGUGUAUCUUAUUGAUAUUAACUUGAGGUUUCUUGAACUGCUGAGCAGUGAAAAUACAACUUACCACUAUUUUUCCCUUUCUGUUGUAUGGAGUAGAACAAGAUGCAGUGACAAAGCCUUACUAUUUUUAAAUGUUUUUACUAAAGCAUCCAAAGCCUGAUUAGUUCAUGAUCACCUUGGUAUAUUUUGUAGAUUCAAACCAGGAAUAAAAAAUACAAUCCUGUAUCAUUUUUAAGUAAGUAAAAUUUUAAAAUGUGUGUGUGUGUGUGUGUAUGAGAGUAGAAAGGACCAUACCUUUUUAGUCUGUCAGUUUAACAGAGCGUUGCUUAUAUCUGAUUAUACUUAUCCUCUUAGCUGUAAUAUGGAUUUAAGCAAAAACUUGAAAGGCAAAAAUGUGUCAUUACAUGUGCUACCAUUGAACAAAAAUGAUCAACUCUUUGUAAAAAAAAAAAUUAGAAAUGCAGCUGCACGAUCUUAUAGAAAAACCAAAGCAGUAAUAAUUACUUAAAUGUUGUUUCUAAUUUAAAACACACAUUAUAUUUUUCUACUUUUUAAGCAUAGUAAAGAAAAGCUCACCAAUAUGACAGAAGAAAAAUAAAUGUGGAAUGUUUCUCACAUUUGCAAUUUGGCAAGAAUCAAAUGUUAAUUUGAUAAACUAUAUUGUUAGAAAUAAACUAAAAUAUUUAUUGUUUCAGUUUAAGUUCUAAUUUGGUCUUUCUAAGUUUGAUAGAUUCCUGUUUUGUUUUGUUUUUUUGCUGUGGAAUAUAAUGCAUAAAAAUAUGCUGCAAGUUACUAGAUUAAGGGAGCAGUUCAGUAAACAAUGUCAGCUAAAGAAAAACAUCCAGUUUUGAUAUCUGUGUGACUGAUUGGCUUGUCCCUGAUUCAGAUUUAUCCUUUAAAGUUUUGGAAACAGGGAACAGGCAUCAAGAAACUGCAGCUUUCCACAAACCUACUAUAGUUAUUGGGCUCUCUUGUUUUUUCCAUUUUGCUUUCAACAGUUCCUAGUUUUACUAAGUAACUAUGAUUUUAGAAAAUACAAAAAAUAAAAAAAGACCUGCAAGAAUGGCUGUAGAAUGUCAGCUUAACUGUAAAAAUAUGUAACUAUUCCAAAAAAUGUUACACUACUUAAUUAUGAUGCAGCUUUAAAAGUAUGUUUUCAAAGUGAAGUGUAACAUACAGUAUGUAUGAAAUUGAAAUGUGAGGUAUGCUUCUUUGCACAGCACAUUCUACCUUUAGUUAACAGCAUAAUCAUUUUUUUUACUGUUUGUGCAUAAGUUUGCUCUCAUUAAAAAACAAUUAUUUUCCCAUUGACUUUUAAAUGUAUUUUGCAUGAGGCUUUCAUGUUCAAAUGGAUCUUUAACUGAAAAGAUGACAAGUUUCUUAGAAUCUUAAGUAUUUUGGUUUUAAAACAACUGGAUCAAGAGCAUCCAAACUUUUUUUUUAGGUCUACAAAAUAUUCAUAAAAUCCUGUAUUCCGGUGCCUUGCUUUUGUGAUACAUUCGUGUUUUAGUUUUCCGGAAGGUGCAUCUGAUUUGUGACAAAAAGUCGCUGCACAUUUCAGGUCAUCUAUUUGUGGCAUAGUUCUUUUUUAAAAAAAAUAAUUUUGCAAGUGGGCAUAAAAUGGGCAAUUGCCAUGUUAAGGUUUUGUCUUAUUUUUUAUUUAUUUAAAUUAUGUCCACAUAUUUACACAUUAGAAAUAACUUUGGUUAGUUUAAGGAAGCCUGUAAUGUAAUAACAAUGCAACUGAACUCUUAUUCUCAAUCAAGAAUAAAAGAAAUUCUUCAAGAA